AUGUCAGAAGUCGCUCCCCAGGCUUCGGGUUCUUCGCCCGCCACCUGCGUGGAUUUGUUGGAGAACGAGGGCACUGCGUACAUUUACCUCGAUGGCGUGACGACCGUUACCUUCUUCGACGGUCCGGCGCCACUUGAACAGCUGAAAAGCCGGCUUGUCCAGAUUGUGAAGGCGUCACCUUGGGUGGCAGGGAAGCUGGUGACGUCGAAGGGGAGACCGGGGGAGAGCAAGAAGGGCACCGUGCAGAUGGCGUUCGACCCAGCGCCGAGCGAAGACCUGAUCCUGAGCACGCUCCUGCAGGAAACUGACGCUCUCGAGCUUUCCCCCACCCUGCCCUACGAGCACCUGACAAAGGCACUGUCGAAGAGCCCCGUUAAACCGCACGUCACCACGGGUUGGGACAUCCUGAAGAAAGGUCUCUCGUACACCAAGGUCACCGUCGCGCGCGGCAAAAGCGGCACCAGCUGGGCACUGAUUUUCUCGGUCUCGCACGUGGUUGCGGAUGGCUAUACCUACUACAAACUGCUUGGUAUGUUUUCCGGAUCCGCCCCCAUUAUUUCGUUGAACCCCGUGCGGAAACCCGCCUUCCUGCCGGCGGUGAAGCGCGCCGUCGGCGAGGCGGAGUACAAAACCGUGAUGGGUGCACCUUCGCUGAUCGUGAACUAUUUGAGCAACAUGCUCUUCGGCAAAACGCCCCGGGUCUACGCCUUUUACGUGGACGCGGAGAAAAUUGAAGCGGCGAAGAAACAGCACAAGCUCAAGAACGCCGGCGCCGAUGGAACCGAUUUCGUUUCCACGAACGACAUUCUGACGACGUGGUGGGGCCGGCUGACGCGGGCGCGGCUCCUCGAGAUGGCCUUGAACUUCCGGGGGCGGAUGACGUCCGACCCGAAUCUUGUGUCCGAGGACGCCGGCAACUACGAGUUCUGCAUUUUGUUCUCCCCGCAGGACUUCCAAGACCCGUCCCUGAUUCGUAAAUCUUUGCAGCGGAAGGACGGCCGGUUCUGCAGCGUCCUGGACCCGCCACGACCGCUGCCGGGAUGCUGGAGCACGAUGCGGUGUCGGUACCGCAUCAUCUCGAACUGGGCCAGCUUUUUCACGGACAUCGAGCUCGAGGGCUGCACGCAAACCCUACACAUUCCCUACCUGAACCCGAGCGAGAUGCCGACCGAUAUUUGCGUCAUUUUUCGCCCGACGCGGGACACACUCGGAGUCUACGUCGUCACACGAAAACUCAAGGACGAAGUGUUCGUGACCGGAGCCAACGGCGCAGAAGCGCUGCUGGGAAAACAGAUCAUGCAGUCGGCGGGAGCUAAGUGAUGUCAAAGGAAAUAGUAUACGUUAAGUUACUUACAAACAAAAUAAAAAAUGAGCGUUGCAAUAGUAGUCCUAGUACUGCUUUACGCUUCUGUAUUGUCGUGGACAUGGUGAGCUGCAUGACGAUGACCCGCUAUCGUAGUAAAAUUCUGCUGCACGACAUGAAGCAGGAGCCUGCUGUGAGCGUGAGGUAGAACAAAUCCAGGCAUGAACGUGAUCAUCAAGAAAGAACAAGGACGAAGAUGUAGUGUCCCUGCUCGUCGUCCUCUGGGCACUUCCUUGUGGUACACGCUCGCUCGCCAUCAACGUUCGCAUGGCGCUGCGCGACAGAUGAUGGCAAUAACGGUGUUUACGAUGCAGGGUGGGUACUACAGCUAAGGCUCGUU